AUGCGUUACAUUGCUCCGGCACUUCUCGUGGCUGCACCUCUCGUGGCAGCCACUGCUUCCAACAAGCGCGGUCUCUGCGUCACGACCACCGAGACAUCGCAGGACGACGCCAUCUGGACAAACGACACUGACCUAACGUGGUACUACAACUAUGGCGCUGUUCCCACACCCGACUACCAGAACAAGCUCAACUUCGUCCCUAUGCUCUGGGGACCACCCGAAGACCCUGCGAAUGACAUGACCUUCUACAACACUGUCAGCAAUCUGAUCAAGGAGGGACAAAACAUCACAUACGUUCUCGGAUUCAACGAGCCCGAUAACUGCUACGGUGGUACUGGUGGCUCUUGCACCAGUGCUGCUACUGCUGCUCAGAUCUGGAAAAAGCAGAUGGAGCCGUUGAAGAACGAGUUCGGUGUUAAGCUUGGUGCUCCAGCAGUCACUGGUUCCCCCGACGGAUUCAACUGGCUUGCGAACUGGUUCUCCGAGUGUGCUGCUCUUGUUGCUAGCUCUGGAGGUUCUUCCAACACCACUUCUUGCGAGGUUGACUUUAUUCCUGCGCACUGGUAUGGUGACUUCCAAGGCCUAGCCAGCCACUUGGGCCAAAUCAACGGUACCUACCAAAACAUCAGUAGCAUGUGGGUCACCGAGUUCGCAUGCGCCGAUUGCACCCUGGAGGCCAGCCAGAGCUUUGCCAACCAGAGCUUCUCCUAUCUUGACCGCUACGACGCCGUCAAGGAGUACUCUUACUUCGGUGCUUACCGUUCGUCUGUCUCCAACGUAANNGUCGGACCCAAUGCUGCUAUGUUGACCGAGAAGGGCAAGCUCACCGAUAUUGGUGCUUGGUACCUCAACAAGGCUGUCACUGGUGCUGUUCCCCACGGCUCUGCCAGCACUGUUGCUAAGUUCGCUGGCUGGGGCGGUCUUGUUGCUGCUACUGUUUUCUGGACCAUUCUGUAA